AUGCCUGGGUAUCCGGAUGCUGAGAAGAAGCCGAAUGAAUCGGCGCAGAUAACGGUGUUUGGACCGGCCCACGAUCAGUUCAGUUUGGGCAAGCGCUUGGGCAAAGGAGGCCAGGCAGUUGUCUAUGAAUGCACAAGAGUCAAGACUCAAAAGAAGUAUGCUGUCAAGGUUAUUGAAAUGAAGGCCGUCGUCUUUCAGAAGUACGACGGCGAACAAAACUUGCGCAGAGAAAUUCGCAACAUGGAGGAGCUCUUCCAUCCGCGGAUCGUCAAUUUGCUGACGCACUUGUUCGAGGAAGACAGAUGUUGGCUCGUUAUGGAUCUGGCCCGAGGGGGUGAUCUGCACAACAAAGUCUUCGAUGAACUGAAUCUCUCCAUCAGCCGAGGAGAUCCCUUCUUCCCCGGCCUGGGGCAGUCCGAGCUGGCGACGAAGCACGUGGCCCUGCAGCUGCUCGAAGGCAUGGGCUACAUGCACUCCUUCGGCAUCAUCCAUCGCGAUAUGAAGCUGGAGAACGUGCUCAUCGUCCGGACCUAUGCCUACCAGGGAGUGGCGGAAGGCCUGCCGGUUCCCUCAGAGGUCCACGACGUGAAGAUUACGGACUUCGGGCUCUCCAAGAACAUGCACAGCGCACCCCUGAUGCGGCGCGCCACGGCGGUGGGAUCGCCGGACAUGGUGGCCCCGGAGGUUCUGCAGGGCAUGUACGACCAGUCCUGCGACUACUGGAGCUUUGGUGUGAUGAUCUACGCCAUGAUCUGUGGGGAAUGGCCCUUCUCAAUCAGGUCCAACAAAGAUUUGGUGCCAGAGCGUCACAGAGAGGUUGUUUCCUCUGUAAAGGCCGGCCGAUCGUGGCAAAAUGCAUCGAAGGAGGCUCGGUCGCUGAUCGAGGGGCUGCUUUGCAUCAACGUUUCUUCGAGGUUCAGCCACGUGGACUGCCUCCACCAUGCUUGGUUUUGCACCGCUUCCCAGAUCGACACUGACCAGGUGACCGGGCCGACCGAAGGGCUGUCUCCCAAAGAUGGAGCUCCUCAAGGCGUAAUUCAAGAAAUCAUUGGCUGUACAGGUUAUGCUGUUGACAAUAUCCACAUAAAGCUGGUCAAUGGCAGCACGGUAUUUUUUGGGAGUGUGGGGGGUGACGUUGAGCAUCGAUGGAAGUUAAGGCCAGACGAGAGGAUCAGGCAUGACUUCUUGGGCUUGGCCAUCAUCUUUUACACAUCUCGAGGGGAUGUCCUAGAAUUGCAGGGCUCCCAAGCGCGAAAGCGUCGGUGCUUUUUGGCUCCCUCUGGAAGCCAAAUCGUUGGCCUUCAAUUUCAAGGACAUCGGCUGAUGGGUAUCCAUCUUCGAAAGAUCUCGGCAGAGGAGCCGGCAGCCGUGGCAUCGUUAGGUGGCCGCGUGGGGCAUGCUGUCGACAAGGUCUGGUUUCGUUUCCGAGAUGGAAGCUACUGCGAGUAUGGCAACUCAGAAGGAGGUGCCGAACACGGGCCAUGGGUGCUCGGGCCGGGUGAGCACAUAACUGCUGUGGAGCAGUUGGCUCGGGAUGCCUUCCUGGGCACCUCCAUUGCGUUCUACACCUCGCUCGGAAGCAUCUUCAGCCUAAAGGGGAUGGAGGCCUUUGGGUCCCGGCGCUUCACCGUGCCACGCGGGAGGCAGAUCUGCGGCCUGCACUUCGAGGGCAGCACGAUCGCCUCCGUGACCACUUGCCCAGAGGACGGAGACAUGCGAGCCUGCAAGACGCACGGCUUGCUUUCCUGA